CUCCGUCUUCCUCCUGCCGCCCGCUGGAGCUUAUUCACGUCGACUGACCAGAGUCCGCGAAUCCUCCGCUCUGGGGCCCGUCCGCACCCUCCCCAUCCCAGCUUUUUCCCUUUUGAAAACACUAAGAAUAAUGUCCUUACAUCAAUUUUUACUAGAGCCAAUCACCUGCCAUGCUUGGAACAGAGACCGUACCCAGAUUACCCUUAGUCCUAAUAAUCAUGAAGUCCACAUCUACAAGAAGAAUGGGAACCAAUGGAUGAAAGCCCAUGAACUGAAGGAGCACAAUGGACAUAUCACAGGUAUUGACUGGGCUCCCAAGAGCGAUCACAUUGUAACUUGUGGGGCAGACCGCAAUGCCUAUGUCUGGAGUCAGAAAGAUGGAAUCUGGAAGCCAACCUUGGUGAUCUUGAGGAUUAAUCGUGCAGUCACCUUUGUGAAAUGGUCUUCCCUGGAGAAUAAAUUUGCUGUAGGUAGUGGAGCUCGACUGAUUUCUGUGUGCUACUUUGAGUCUGAAAAUGACUAG